CUUAUAAAAUAGCUUAAGGUCUGAUACUGCUGAAUCUUCUUCCUUUACAUCUUUUUCUCCUGGUUUUCUUUGAAGUCCCUGACCUUUUAUUCUUUCAAAUAAAGUUUGUUAUUAUUUUUUCUAACUUGUUAAAAAACAAUUUUUAAAUAAUUGAAUCAGAAUGACAUUGAAUAAAUAGAACAGUUAAGCAAAAUUGUUAUUUAAAAAAUUACAAUGACUUUACCUACCCGUGAACAAUAAAUAUUACUUCAGUUAUUUAGAUGUGAACUUAUUUGAAUUAAUUGUGUUUUAUAAACAGAGCUGAGAUGAUGGAGUAAAGGCUAGGACUCGCCUGCGCUCUCCCCCAAAUCUCUCCAAUAAUAAUGAUUUUAAACAAAUUCUAGAGUAGAAGAACUCAUAAAAAAGGAGUAAAAUAAUUUUCCAACUCAAAACAACUUAGAAGUUCAGCAGAAGUUCAGAACAGUUCUGUUGCACUAGAGUCCGAAUGAAGCACAGUCCAGCAAAGGCAGCGGUCAGCAGAGAACAGGCCCUAGAAAACCAGGAGUGGGCCUUCAGAGACUGAAUCAGCAGCAGCAGUUGAUACUUCUUGAGCUUUCAGAUCACACACAGUUAAGGGAGUCAAAAAAUGGGUCACAAGAAGAUUAAAAGGGGUUUCUUUCCUAGUACCAAGCCAAACUCCAUUGUUUUGCCCAUCCUUGGAUCCUUGGAUCCAGAUCUCAGUCCUGGGUGGCAGUCUCAGGUCAAGGAGGAGCACUAGCACACCAGAGACUGUGGCCCAGUGGAGGAGGGAUCCUCCUCACAGUUCUGGGACAGAAAAGAGUGCUUGUAGUGGCUCACAGAUCAGAGCACGGGCCAGCAGAGAGUAAACACCUCUCCUUAGAUCAUAUAACUUUGGAACAACUUAAAACUUACCAAUCCCUAUUAGUAUGUCUCAAAACAGCUGCAUGAAAUCCCUGAAGCUUGGAACAGUGCACACUCCAUUCUGGAAGCAGAGCCCAACUUUCACAAAGAUUUAAAGUCAAGUAAUGAGCAAGCAACAGAAAAAAAAAAAAAUAGGACUAUAGAAAGUUACUAUGGUGACAAGGAAAAUCAAAACACACACUCAGGAUAAGAUAAAGUCAAAGCUCCUUCCACCAAAUCCUCUAAGAAAAAUAUGAAUUGGUCUGAGGCCAUGGAAAAAUUCAAAAAGGAUUCUGAAAAUUAGCUUAAGAGAAAUAGAGAAAAAAUUGGGAAGAGCUUCUGUACCUUCUUUUCCAUUUGGCCAAUUCCAUUUUUAAGGGGUUUUUUUCUUCAAUGAAUUUGUGUGCCUCUUUCCAUUUUGUCAUUUCUGCUUUUAAAGGCAUUUUUCUCUUCCUUGACAUUUUGUGCGUCCUUUACCAUGUGGCCUAGUUUGCUUUUAAGGUGUUAUUUUCUUUAGUAUUUUUUUUAUCUCCCUCACCAAGCUGUUGACUUUCAUGAUUUUCUUGCAUUUGUUUGAGAGGAAGGAGACCUGAAAGUACAGGUUGGAGGGGACAGCCCCAGGCUUGAUAGUUUGUCAGACUUAAUGAGAUAUUAAACUAUUCCGAGUCACAAAGUAUAUAUCUUCUAGACCUAGAAUGAUGACAUUGAGCACAUUGAGUUGAAGGAAUUGAUGGAACCACCUGAUUUCCAUCUCCCAGACUAUUGAUCCUCAGGACUUCCUGGCUGGGCUGGCAGCAGCACUGACCGGAAUGAAAGUCCUCAUGGCUGGAGCUCCCGAGUCCAAGGACUUCAUUCCUCAGAGCCUCCCCGCCCCUCCCUCACCCCUACACACAUCUAGCCGCUGUGUGUGAAAGAUCCCCUCUACCCCUGGACCAGAGGGAAGGAGACUGCCCCAAUUAAGUAGCCACAGAAAGCUUCCCACAACCUAAUAAUAAAGCAACACAGAACAUCCCAGAAGCAAGUGCCCAGCGCUCUCAUUCUCGCGCAACCUGGAGCUCCCCCCAACCCCGUUACAUACAGAAUAAACACAAACAGAUACGGAGCUGCUGGCGGGAGGGAAAGCCCCAGGCCCCGAGGAGGACAUCAGACAGGCGGAUUGAGGAAGGCCCAGAGAAUGUCGGAGGGGGAGAGGACGGCCGGAGAGGACCCUCACACGGCUCCGUGGCACCCAGGCGCGAUUUCUAGGCGAAAAAGGCCUCCGCUUCUCUUCUGCUUUGGAGCACCCAAAGCCACAGGCCGUUUCCUAUUUUGUUUAUUCCUUCUUUCUUUCUCCCCACCUCUCCCCACCUCGCGCGCCCCAGCUGACCAGGAACCGUGUUCCAUUGAGAUUCUGGUAGUGUUGCACUGGCCCGGGCUGACAAAGGGCUGCUCCUCUCUUCCGAGCUCCCCCGCCAAGCCUUGGUCCGCUCCCCCCAUCCCCCACCCCUGCCAAUUCCCCUUUCCUUCUCCUAGCCUUUGCCCUUCCUAGCCGAGACUGGGAGUGGGAAACGUGAGGGAGGCGGAGGCGGACCGCAGGCAGCAGACCAUGCGGGGGAAGGGAUGGAGAAGGAAGUGCGGACCGCCCGGGGGGAUGUAAAGGAAGGGGACUGGGCUGUGCCGAGAGGAGGCUGGGUAUGCAGGGUGGGGGAAGGGGCGGGGCUACGCCGGGGGACCGAGGCGGGGGUUUUCGGUGGGGACUCGGCUCGGAUUGAAGAAGCUGCCUCACCUGCAGCCUGGCUUCCCAGCGGAGCAACCCUGGAGUGUCCCGAGCCAUGGGCUCGGAUGCGGCCCCAUCUUGGCUGGAGACCCACCGGGCUCGGCCCUUGCACUUGGCCUUGACAUUCGCCCUCGCGCUGCUGCUGCUGCAAGUAAUCAAGCUCUACCUCCGGCGCCAGGGACUGCUGAGAGCCCUGCGCCCCUUCCCGGGACCCCCGACUCACUGGUUCUUUGGAAACCAGAGGGAGUUUUACCUGGAAAAAGAACUACAACAGUUUGAUAUGUUGAUAGAAAAAUAUCCCUGUGCUUUCCCUCGCUGGGUCGGGGCCUUUCAGGUGCUUUUAAAUAUCUAUGACCCAGAGUAUGUGAAAAUUCUUCUGAACCGAAGAGAUCCCAAAAUACAGCUUGGGUACAAGUUUAUUGUUCCCUGGGUUGGAAAAGGACUUCUGAGUCUAGAGGGAAAGAAGUGGUACCAGCAUCGCCACCUGCUGACGCCUGCCUUCCACUUCAGCAUUCUGAAGCCCUACAUCCAUGUGAUCAAUGAUUCUGUCUGCAGGAUGCUGGACACAUGGGGGAAGCUCAGCACCCAGGACAGUUCUGUGGAGAUUUGCGAGCCCAUCCGCCUGAUGACCUUGGACAGCAUCAUGAAAUGUGCCUUCAAUGUCCAGACCAGCUCCCAAACAGAAAGCUUCUCUAUCAACUACCUCUCAACUGUGACCAAACUCUCAGAACUCAUCUUCCACCGCCUGCACAGCUACCUCCAUCACAAUGACUUGAUUUACAGGUGGAGCUCUCAGGGGCAAGAAUUCCAGGCUCUCUGCCAAAUAGCACAUCAGUACGCAGCCAAAAUCAUCCAAGAAAGGAGAGAAGCUCUCAAGAAUGAUAGUGAACAGGACAAAAUCCGAAAGAAGAAGUACCUGGAUUUUCUGGAUGUUCUUCUCUGUGCCAAAAGUGAAAUUGGAGAAGGCUUAUCAGAUGAAGAGCUGGAGGCCGAACUUAACACAUUUGUGUUUGGGGGCCAUGACACCACCGCCUCCAGCCUCGCCUGGCUCUUCUACUGUAUGGCUAUGAACCCUGAUCACCAACAUCAGUGCCGAGAGGAGAUCAGAGAUAUCCUAAAAUCUGGGGACACCAUUACCUGGGACCACCUGGACCAAAUGCCCUACAGCACCAUGUGCAUCAAGGAGGCCCUCCGCCUGUACCCACCCGAAAUCACCAUAGCCAGGGAGCUUAGCAAGCCUAUUACUUUCCCAGAUGGACGUUCCUUACCCACAGGUAUGAUAGUGGUCCUGAACAUCUGGGCUCUCCACCACAAUCCUGCUGUCUGGGAAAACCCACAGGUCUUUGACCCCCAAAGGUUCUCCCAAGAGAAUUCUAUGAAGAGACACUCCUAUGCUUUUUUACCUUUCUCAGCUGGACCUAGGAACUGCAUUGGGCAGCAGUUUGCCAUGCUGGAGCUGAAGGUGGGAUUGGCCCUGACUCUUCUCCGUUUCGAGCUGGUGUCAGAUCCAGAGAAGCCUCCCAUCCCAAUGCCCCACUUAGUUCUCAGAUCUAAGAAUGGGAUUCAUUUAUAUCUAAAACCAUUCCACUAGUUCUGCUGGUAUUAAGGAUGGAUACCAUGACCCAGUCAGAAAGCCUCUUCAUUAACAACCAAUGAGAAACAUUACAGAGCAAAUGGUUUCUUUUUUUGUUAAUUUGGGAUGGAUUUUGUGGUGAAGGAUGCUGGGACGAGACUAAAGAUAAGGAAAGAUUUGCCUUCCUGAUUUUUUUUUUCUGGAUUGAACUUCUAUUAACAAUGUCACAGUAAACCUGAGUCCCUUGUAUGCAUGUAAGGGUGGGACUGGAUGUGAGGUCUCCUGCCAUACUGAGAAGAAAAAAAUCAUUCUGAUCGCAGAUAAUCAGCAAGUAAAUAAUCAAAAGUGAAUUUUUUUCUUUUAUUUGGAUCAUGAAUAAAGGCAAGAUGGCUUUUGG